GGUACCUCCCCCACCGCAGAGGGGUGCAUAUCUGCAUAUUCAAACCGCAGAGGUCCGAGACGGGAGCCCGCGGAGAGGGGAGACAGCAGGGGACCUUCCCGGGGCAGCCGCCUCUAAGCCGCACGGGAUGGCGAGGGUAGCCGUGCGUGCCGGGACCGCGAGGUCGAGCAGGGUCACAGGCUGGAGUCCGGAGUCCCCGCCGGGGGGAGGUAGGGAGGGGUGGUGCGACCCUCUGUCCCCGCCCCGGGGGCGGAGCGAGGUUCGAUCCUGCGGAGCUUGACACCCGCAGAAAUCGUUCCAGGCCUUCCUCCCCAGCUCCCGCUUCGUCCCCGCCCCUUUCGGGGAGACUCGACCCCCUCCGCGCUCUGUCUACCGCCCGCAAGACACAGCCUCCCGGGUUUUCUGGCCCCCGGGCCCCGGCGUAGGUGCAGGUGCAGCACCCAACCUCCUUCCCACCCCGGCGCAUCCCGCUGGGCGGCCAUGGCGCGAGGAGACGCCCCACAGGACAGCUACCACCUGGUCGGGAUCAGCUUCUUUAUCCUGGGGCUGGGCACUCUCCUUCCCUGGAACUUCUUCAUUACGGCCAUCCCGUACUUCCAGGGGCGGCUGGCAGGGGCCAACAACACCGCUGGGACCCUGGGCACCAACCACACAGGCCCUGCAGACACUUUCAACUUCAACAACUGGGUGACGCUGCUGUCUCAGCUGCCCCUGCUGCUCUUCACUCUCCUCAACUCCUUCCUGUACCAGUGCAUCCCUGAGACGGUGCGGAUUCUGGGCAGCCUGCUGGCCAUCCUGCUGCUUUUUGCCCUGACGGCAGUGUUGGUCAAGGUGGACAUGAGCCCUGGGCCCUUCUUCUCCAUCACCAUGGCCUCUGUCUGGUUCAUCAACUCCUUCUGUGCAGUUCUGCAGGGCAGCCUCUUCGGGCAGCUGGGCACCAUGCCUUCCACCUACAGCACCCUCUUCCUCAGCGGCCAGGGCCUGGCUGGGAUCUUCGCUGCUCUUGCCAUGCUCAUGGCCAUGGCCAGUGGCGUGGAUGCCCAGACCUCCGCCCUGGGGUACUUCGUCACACCCUGCGUGGGCAUCUUCACGUCUAUUGUGUGUUACCUGAGCCUGCCCCACCUGGAGUUCGCACGCUACUACCUAGCCAAGAAACCAUUGCAGGCGCAAGGUCAGGAGCUGGAGACCAAAGCUGAGCUCCUCCAGUCUGAUGAGAAGAACAGUAUUCCCAACAGCCCCCAGAAGGUAGCCCUGACUCUGGACCUUGACGCUGAGAAGGAGCCAGAGCUGGAGCCAGAGGAGAUCCAGAAGCCAGGAAAACCUUCAGUUUUCAUGGUCUUCCAAAAGAUCUGGCUGACGGCGCUGUGCCUUGUGUUGGUCUUCGCAGUCACCCUGUCUGUCUUCCCCGCUAUCACAGCCAUGGUGACCAGCUCCACCAGUCCUGGGAAGUGGAGUCAGUUCUUCAACCCUAUCUGCUGCUUCCUGCUCUUUAACAUCAUGGACUGGGUGGGGCGGAGUCUGACCUCUUACUUCCUAUGGCCGGAUGAGGACAGCCGGCUGCUGCCCCUGCUCGUCUGCCUGCGCGUCCUAUUCGUGCCUCUCUUCAUGCUGUGCCACGUGCCCGAGAGGUCCCGGCUGCCCGUCCUCUUCCCGCAGGAUGCCUACUUCAUCACUUUCAUGCUGCUCUUCGCGGUGUCCAACGGUUACCUGAUGUCCCUUACCAUGUGCCUGGCGCCCAGGCAGGUGCUGCCACACGAGAGGGAGGUAGCCGGCACCCUGAUGACCUUCUUCCUGGCCCUGGGGCUCUCCUGUGGAGCCGCCCUCUCCUUCCUCUUCAAGGCGUUGCUCUGAAUGCUCCGUUCCGGGCUCGCCCACGGCUCUCUCUUCGCUACCCCUUCGGAGCUGAGACCCCCGUGCAGGGGGAAUGGCGAGCCGGGCCCAAGCCUCUGCUGGGCUGGUGCCCCUCGGUCUGGAAGUGCCACUUGGAAGUGGGUGCUGCUCUCCUUCCCGGGCUGGUGUCCGUUUGGGGGCUGCGAGGAAGAAUUCACCAGCGGUCAUUCUAACCCCCCCGCCCCCAGCAGUGGAGCUGAAUCACAGAGACAGACUAUUCAGAGGCACACAAGACCUCUCUGCACAGGUGCCGAUCAGGGAAAGAGGGCCAAGGACCAUGGCCCUUCCUCACCAUCAAGAGUACAUUUGUUAAUCUCAAGACACGCACUUGCUGAUCUGUGGCAACUGGAGGCCACCAGCGGGGUCUUGCCACAGGCGUGGCUGCUGGGGCCCAGCCUGGGGUUCAGAGUGGGAGUGGGGGCCAGCCCUUCCAGGGCAGGCCUGCCCCUCCCCAGGCCUUAGCAACUCCACGAUCGGAUGUCUCAGACCCCAGGGCAGAGGAUGCCUGGGGAGGCCAAGGGCAGCAGGGAGAAGGAACGGGCAUUAGGGAUCUGAAGGUACUCAAAGGACCAUCUGGGCCUCACACAGUGUUUGCGUAGCCAACACUUACUGUCCCCGCUCCCCAGAGCCCGGCUGGGCCUGGGUCCCGGAGCUGCGGGCGGCUUACAUGUGUGCACCCCACUUUACAAUUUGCAAAGCUCUCCCACACCCAUUCUCUUACGGAAGCCACGUUGAGACACUUGGGGGAGCCAGGCAGGGACGGUGCUGUCCCUCUGUACAGGUGAGGAAACCGGAUCUCGGGGGGAAAUGACCUGGUCCGUGGCUGAGCCGGGACCCAGCCCCCACCUCUCUCCUCCCUAUAGGUGCUGUUCUUCCUGCCCACUGUUUGCUUCUCCUUCCCUCACGAGGCUCGAGGCAGGAGUCCUAAGCACUUGCUCCCCACUUUUUGCUGUUUUCCUUCCAAACCCACUCCUGGGUCUAAUAACAACCUUCUUCAUUUGUAUCAUCAA